AAUCAAAAAUAUGAAAAUCAAUAAAAGCAAAUCCGUGAGAAACAUGAAUUAGGCAAAAUAAAAUUUCACAUUGCCCUAAAAAAAAAAAAUAUCUUUAUUUCUAUAUAAAUAAUGUAAAAAUUUAUUAAAAAAUAAAUAAAUUGAGAAUUGUUUUGAAAAAAAUGUUAAUUGUGGGGCAUUAAGUAGCUUUUAAAUUAGAAAGUGUUAAAAAUAUGUCCAGCUGCUGUACCUGCCCCGGUGCCAGCAGUAGUGCAGGCAAUGCGAGUCUGCCCCUGAUUUGCCUCGUGCCCCGCGAUGGAACCUCGGAAAACAAAACGGGGCCCCGCCCUACGGCAGCCAAGAUGUCUGCUCAAAGCGACUUUCAACUCCUUGAUGAAGAAUACAUUAAAAAACACUUUAAACUACCCCAGCGGUCUCUCUACUUGGAUCCAUUUAGGCGUCCACUGAUCACUUUUCCUAUGACUCAAGAAGAUGUAAGGCACUUUAAUUUGGCCCGGAAGUACAAGAUCAAUCAGCAAAUCCUAGAUGGUUUCCUCGAUCCUAGCGAAGCUAUCACUGCGCCUAGUGUAUUUCCUUAUGCCAAGACGGAGGCUGAGAAGAGAAAAGAGGCUGACGAAGAUGAGGAAAUCAUAUACAUCUUACAAUUGCCUGACUGGGAGUUUAAAUGUCCAGUGCACAACCAGUCUGUACGAACGCCAAGGUUCAUUUGGCAUUCCUGUAAAAAGACAAAAGGUAAAAGCGGGGAAUUAAAACAAGGUGGCGGACCGUUGAAUAAACCGAAGCCGUGGUUACUCAGCAGACAUACAGAUUUCGAUUUACUCUCACAAUGGUAGACAAAUAGUCGUGUUUUUGAAUAUAAAUUUCGACAUGACGUUUACAGUCCAACAGCUUUGUGAAAAAGAAAUUGAAAGUAAUUGAUAUAUUAAAUAAAUAAAAAAAAAGAAAUAAGGGUCA